ACAAUUAGAAUUAAACAAUAAGUAUAGGUGAAGCUGUUACAACUUAAAUAUAGGAAUAAAACUUUGUUAUUUACUUUCUAGUUACUAACAAAUAAAAUGAAGAUAGCUGUAGAAGGAUGUGCACAUGGCGAACUAGACAAAAUUUAUGAAUGUGUUGAAACAUUACAAGAAAGAGAAAAUAUAAAAAUUGACUUGUUAAUUUGUUGUGGAGAUUUUCAAUCAGUACGUAAUAAUGACGACCUCCGAGCUAUGGCUGUACCUGAAAAAUAUCAGAAUAUUUGUACUUUUUACAAAUAUUAUAGUGGCGAGAAAAUGGCACCUGUAUUAACAAUAUUUAUUGGAGGAAACCAUGAAGCAUCAAAUUAUUUACAAGAACUUCCUUAUGGAGGCUGGGUAGCACCAAAUAUUUACUAUUUGGGCAGGGCAGGAGUUGUCAGAUUUGGUAAUUUGAGAAUUGGUGGGCUCUCAGGAAUUUACAAAGGUCAUGACUAUUUGCAAGGGCUUUGGGAAUGUCCCCCUUAUACACAAAGUUCUCUGAGAUCAGUUUAUCACAUACGGGCUCUUGAUGUUUAUAGGUUGAGCCAAAUUAGAGAAAAAGUCCAAGUAAUGCUGUCACAUGAUUGGCCAAGAGGGAUAACUAGUUAUGGGGAUAAAAAUAAUCUUCUAAGAAGAAAACCCUUUCUGCGAGAAGAUAUUGAGUCAAAUCAAUUAGGUAGUCCACCAGCAGAGAAACUUCUUAACACAUUAAAGCCUCAAUAUUGGUUUGCUGCACAUUUACAUUGCCAAUUUGCAGCCCUUGUAAAACAUGAAAAUGAUGAAGAAACAAAGUUUUUAGCUUUAGAUAAAUGUUUGCCGAAGCGGAGACAUUUGCAAAUAUUAGAUUUGCCAUCGGAUUAUGAUGGUGAUAAACUUCUCAAAUACGAUGUGGAGUGGUUAGCCGUAUUAAAAAACACAAACCAUCUACUAUCAGUGAAAAAUAUUAAUUGUCACAUGCCAGGACCAGGUGGGAAUGAAAGGUAUGAUUUUACACCAACAUUUGAUGAAAAACAAGCCAUUGAAAAAACAUUUGAAAAAUUAACAAUCAGUAAUGACAUGUUCGUAAAAACGGCACCAAUUUACAAUCCUAGUACACCAAAACGUAUACCCACUGAGCCUAUAAAUAAUCCACAGACAUUAUAUCUGUGUGAAAAUCUAGGCAUAGAUGACCCCAUUCAGGUUGUAAUGGCUAGAUCUGGGAGAUCCAUGAAAACAAUAGUAGCAGAUAGCAAUAAUGUUGAAGUAGAAGUAACUCCAAUUAAAUGUGCAAAGCUCACUUUACCGGCGCCUGUAACUCCAAGUGAAAAUAAUAGUCAAGAAAUAUCACAAGAAAAUUCAGUUUUCACACCUGAAAACAGUUUUCUAUCUGAAAGUGGCAAUAAUACAUCAGAUUGUACAACUCCACCUAGUGCCACAAAAAAGAUUUUUAAAAGACGUAAUUUAGCCUUGUACACUCCUGAAGAAAAUGAGCAAGUUAGUGAAACAUCAAAAUCACCUAUGGAUUCAGGUAGCCCACGGUCGAGUAAACUUCCAUGUAGAUAUAAUGAAUUAUAAGAGUAAAUAAAUUUGUAGGUAUUCUAAUUUCUACUUAGAUCAAUUUAACAUAAGAAAUGAAAUAUAAAAAAUAAAUCUAUAUGAUAUACUAUAUAAUUUUUUACUCAAAUGUAUAAUGCAACAUAAUUGGAAACUAUCAAUAAUUUUAGAUAGGUAACAUAAACAAUAUUUUUUUCAUAUUUCAAAUUCUAAAAAAUAAUUGUAUAUGACUAACUAAUUUUAAAUAAGAUUAAAAUAACUUUAUGUUUGCAAGUUUUUCUUCCUUUUCAUGAGAAUUAUUUUUCCAACUAAUGGUCAUCCCAUGAUAGUGAGAUGUUACUCUUAAUAAAAGCGAUAAUAUUUUUUAUACCAUAAUUCUACUCAGAUGUUAAUAAAUAUAUCAUUAAGUAGAUAAUAGGAAAUAAUUUCUUUUAAAACUUUGGCAAUUGAUUGAGUGCAAUUUCUGAUAAUGAUUUAAUAUAAUACCAGAGACACAUCAUGACCUAUUUUAGUUAUGACUUUUAUUGGAUUGUAUGAUUUUCAAGCAUGGUACUUAUGAAAAAAAAAGUAUUUUAUGUACAGUAAUGUAUAUAUAAUAUUUUAACAUGUUUGAAUUUAACAAAAGCUUUAAUUAUUAUGCAUGAUAGGUUUUACUGCUCAAUUUAAAUAUAAGAAUGUUUCUUUACACUCUGUAUACUUUUAUUUUAAGUUCAAUAUAGACAACCAUUUUGUAAUCACAUUUUCUGUACAAAUUAAAACCAGGGAAAAUCAUGUUUUAUAUA